ACAAUAUACACAUCCAAGGAAGGCCAGGGUUCACUUCUAAGCCUACUCCAGCCGACAGUAUAUAUGCGCACAUCUUAUCGAAAACGCCUCAAUUAGAGAAAAUACAAAAAUUCAUUGCAGUGCUUGGACCGUGGACAAGGCGGUGAGAUGAAACUAGCAGUCUCUGUACUAGUGGUUCUUGUGGGGAGCUCACUACUACAGCAAGUUGAAGCAGUGAGACUGAACAUCAAUGGGCGUCCCCUGCCACGCCCACCAAGCCCGCCACGCCCACGCCCUGGUGUUCCUAUUCAUCCACCAUUACCUAUUCAUCCUCUGCCUCCUUGCCCGCCCCUUGAUGAAAGUCCGAUUGACAGUGAUAGGGAGGAACAAUUUCGCAUCCCCCCACAUCUGCGCCUACCACCCUGCUUCCCUCAAAUUGAUGAAGCAGGAGAUGAUAAAGCGUCUGGGGAAAAAGCAAGCGAGGACAAGCCUAGUUCAGGCUCUGGAGAUGGAGGCUCAGCAGAAAAGGACUCUGUCGAUAAGGUGGAAGAUGAAAAAACUGACGACGAUGAGGAAAGCACUCGUCCUGCACUAGGCACCUUUCAUGGAGUACCUCCACGCACAAGAUCACGUUCUUCUGAAUCGUCACCAAAAAACCCUGGAAGAAGUGGGCGACAACGCGGACGAAAUAACCAGCAACCUUAAACCCUCAUUAAACGUUUCCCUAAGUGGACAUAAACAUUUCUAACUUCCACACAUGGACACACAAUAAACAAUAUGUGUGCUACCCUGCACUGUAUACACUUAUGUACCAUUAUAUUCGUAAAAUGUUUUAUCAAAGCACA